AUGGAACUUUUCAUUAAGCGGCAAGGAAAACAUUCUCUUCUAGUUAAAAUUUAUGUUGAUGAAAUCAUAUUUGGUUCUACUAACACACAACUCGUCAAAGAGGUUUCUAAGCUUAUGCAUGGAGAAUUUGAGAAGAGUCUAAUGGGGGAGUUGAGUUACUUUCAAGGACUUCAAAUUAAGCAGCUCAAAGAAGGAACAUUUGUGUGUCAAACUAAGUACUGCCAAGAGUUGCUUAAACGCUUUGAAAUGGAAGAUGCAAUGUCAAUUGACAUGCCAAUGCUUACAAAUGGAAACUUGGAAAGAGAUGAAAAUGGUAAGGAUGUUUACGUCAAAAGAUAUAGAGGUAUGAUUGGACCACUCUUAUAUCUUACUACGUCUAGGCGUGACAUUAAGUUUAGUGUAUGUAUGUGUGCUCGAUAUCAAUCCACUUCUAAGGAAUCACAUUUCAAAGCUGUAAAGCGCAUCCUUAGAUACCUUAAUGGAACUUUUAAGUACGGGCUUUGGUUUUCCAAUGGUAGCGAUUGUAGUUUGGUUGGUUACUCUGAUUCCGGUUUUUCCGAUUGCAAAUCAGAUAUGAAGAAUACUAGUGGAACUUGCCAUAUCUUUUCAAAGUCCUUAGUUAGUUGGAAUAGCAAGAAGAAAUCCUUCAUUGCUUUGUCAACUGAAUAA